AUGGAAUUAAAGGUUUAUUCUAAUGGGGCGUUCAGAAUUUUGACCUACGUAUUUCGUGCUAUAUUUUACAGAAAUGUGAUAGAAGCAGGAAAGUGUGACAUCAGUACAUGGUACACCAAGGUGUCUGCAGAAGGUUUGUUUGACAGCUCAAUGAAUACUCAACAGAAAAAAAUACACAGCACAAUCCAAAACCUAGUUGUCCACAGUAAAAAUAAACUUAAUGUAAAACUGAUCGACUGUAAAAUCUUGGAAAUUUACGAAAAUGAAAUGAAGAAAGGGAAAGUUGUCAAAGCUACUGAGCCAAAACCUACGACAGAAAAAUCACAGACAGAUGACAAUUUAACAACUAUUAAAACCACAGAAAAUACUUCAUCCCAGAAGAAUGACUCUAACAAGUUAAAAAAUCCACUAUAUGAGAAGCUUGCUGAACUCAAAUCUGACGACGAAGCAACCGAAAAAAUGUCUCGGGAAAAAGACAGAGAAAGCGAAAUGUUAGCAGACGAUAGUGAGAUUGAUGAAACAGAAUUAGAUGAAAUAAAAGAUGAAAGAAGUAGUGAUGGAGAUCUUGAUGACUCAGAAAACCACAAAGAUAUCCAGUACAAAAAAUUCGAGACCAGGUCAGAUGACAGGACUCGAAAAUCAUUGGUGCAGGAAGAAAUGCUCAAACAAGAGACAAACACAUCUGACUCAGAAAAAAUCGAGACAGAAUCAAAUGGACUCAGUAACACAAACGGAUCCUUAUACAUGAGAAAUAAUAAAGAGAUUACUAAAUAUAUAGCAACGGAAGGGAAGACAUGUAAGAGAUAUACUUGGAAAUUACAAAAAUACAUGGUUUUGAACAUAUCCCCAAAGGAAGUAGUGGAUGAAUCAAACAAGAAAAAUUUGGGAUACGACUGCGGAGAAUCAUACACCCUCUCACCCUCGUACUGUUCACUGCAGAUAAAGGACACAAUAAUGUAUAAUAUGACAAAACAUAUAACAGGCAAGUUCGAGAAACGUACAGAUUACUUAACAGAUAAUUCGCAUACUCCACUUACUCCAGGUAGUACAAAUAGAUACACCAAAGAAAUCUUGGAAGCAGGAACAGAAAAAGAAAAUGCAAACGAGAUAAAUGAGUUGUCUACAGAGCAUGAAGCGAUGUUAAUAGAUCAAACUUUAAAUGAAGAAAUUGACAAUUCUUUCGACGAAUUACUGAUACCAAACGAGAGCUACUCUGAAAAUUCUGAAGAUAUGAUAAUGUCACAUAACAACGAAGAUUUGCCAAAUGAUACUAUACAAAGGUCGUCAAAUGAAGAAACCAGCAAUGAAUAUAAAUCACAGGAAACAUUUGACAUAAAGGUUUUGGAAGAUAUAGUGUCUUUAAAAACGGAAGAAUAUACGAAGAAAAUAACUGUCCUGGAAUUGAAUAUAAUAAAGCUUGAAAAUCAGAUGUUAAUGGAAAAAUUGAACAAAGAAAAUCAUUCCAGCACUAUAGCAAGACUAGAGAAUAGCAUUCUCAGAUUAGAGAACGAGCUAUUAAGAAUGAAACAAAGCUUCCAUCAUAUGAAAAUUGAGAAUGAUGAAAUGAAGAGAGCACAGCGGAAAUACCUAGAACUUGGACAUAGUUCUGAAAGCUACUCUUUACAAAAACGUAAUCAAGACCAACUUCUGACGGAGCAACAGCAAACGAUUAUGAAACUGUCAGAGAAUUUACAAAACCAAUCAUACUUGAUAGAUAAAUUGAAGAAUCGGUCCGAGGAUAUAAAUGACCAAAAUAGAAUGUUACAUGCAAUGGUCAUGAACCAAACUGUAUUGAUGUCACAGAUAAUGGCAAAAGUACAAUCACUUACUGAACGAACCCUACAACAACACGAAGCAACAGAAGAAAUGAAGCUGAAGCUAAGAAUUGGUCUGGAAGACGUUAAAGUAUUAAAAAACAGCCAGACAAACCAACAGCUGGUAGAUCCACCAGCCACAAACCCAAAGGAAUCAUAUCUGGAAGAUCUCUCAAACCAGCUACUUCAACAACUAGACGAUCUAGUGUCAGAUAAAAAACUAGAGAGUGGUGAAACAAUUGAACAUGCGUCUUCUGUUAGACAAAUAAAAGACCAAGACGAUGAAGUCGAUGAACAAUUAAAGGAGUAUUUACAUUACAACUCAAUCACCUCGUCUGUCAAACCUCAGGAAUGGUGUAACUCUAGCGCACAUUGUUACAAGGGCUUUAUUAUUAUAUCCGAGUGUGUGCCGUUCUCAUCUUUGGUAUUUGCUAAUUGUGAAACAGAAAGCUUGAUGAAAUAUUCUGAAACUGAUAAUGAACCAGAAAGUAUAGAGAACAUUCAAAGAAAUGAAAAGAAAUCGAAUGAAAGGAAAGAAUCUGAAACUUCACAAAAUGUACAACUACCAGAUCCUGACGAUAGGACGAGUGUAAAAAAGGAAGAAAAUAUUAGACUCAGUAUGGAUCAAUACAAUGAAACUACAGAAGGGGAUGUUCUAAAGUUUAUAGAAAAGGCCAUAGAAGAAAUAGAUGUAAAACAGACUUUAACAACGAAAAAUGUGCAAAACAAAGAAAAAGAUACGGCAACAGAACAAGAAAUACAAAAACCUAUGAAUAAUUUGGAAUCGGAUUUAGGUAAAGAAAAUGAAGAGGAUAUGAAUAAAAUGAAAACCGAAUUACAUCGUAAUUCUAUCGUAAAAAAUCCGAGUGCAGAUACAGGUCGUAGGAAUGAAAGUGACAUCAGCGGCUCAGACACGAAAGAAAACAAUGAACACAGUACUGGUGAUAAAACCAAAGCGCAAGAAUUAGAGAACCUGAAGAAUAAAGAGAUCAGCAAUAAAAGUACGAAUAUAGAAAACAGAAAACAUGAAAGCGAUAUAGCAAGUAUUAAAGAGUCUAAGACGCCAGUGAAGUAUGUUGCAGAUGGACAAAGUGAUCCAAAGGAUUGUUACGACUACUAUGUCAAAGGAAAUUCGAGAAAUGGUGUCUAUAAGAUCCGACCCUACGGUACCAACAGACUGAUUCAGGUAUAUUGCGACAUGAAAAAAGGCGGUUGGACGUUGAUUCAGAAGCGUCAGGAUGGCACCACCAAUUUCUAUAGAGACUGGGAGGAUUACAGAGAGGGAUUUGGAGGUGUGUAUGGAGAACAUUGGCUUGGAAACAACGUCAUACACCGACUCACAAACCAGGAUCACUACACCCUUAGAAUUGAGAUGACAGACUGGGAUAAAAACAGUAAAUUCGCUGAAUAUAGCACAUUUGUUGUGGAUGAUGAAGAUGAUGGGUAUAAAUUACACAUUGGAGGUUACGAGGGUGAUGCAGGCGAUGGAAUGAUUAAACAUAACAAUAAAAAGUUCUCAACCCGAGAUGUUGACAAUGAUCAAGUUGUGAAAGAAUUUGGUGGAAGUUGCGCAAAGAGAUUCCACGCCGCCUGGUGGUUUUACAAGUGUUAUCAGAGUAAUUUAAAUGGAAAAUACUAUAGAAAUGGAAAAAUUGACGAUAAAAAAUAUGAUGGCGUGACAUGGAAACCUUGGAAGGGCACAAACUAUUCAUUAAAAUAUGUGGAGAUGAAAAUAAAGCCAAAUUAAGCCAAUAAAGUGACAUUAAUAUAUUUUUUUUUAUCGGAUUAAAUAAAAAAAGUAACAAUUCAAAGACCAAAAUACAUUUAGUGUGAUAUCAAGCAUCAACGUUUCAUGAAAGUUUCAAGUUAUUACUAGAUAUCACUCGAGCCUUGCAGAUGAGUUAAUUGAACAAUGUGCGUUAAUUUAGUGGAGCUCAUACAAAGAACCAUGCAUGAAAUUUAUUACAGUGGUAGCAGAAUCCUGUUUUCUUCAUCAGUUAUCACUUCCAAUUCCCUGUGGAGACAUAUCCAUUUUUAUAAUCUUGUGGUAAAAUCGUUAGAAAGUUUUUUUUUACUUUUUGCACCUUUGAAGAGUACUCUUUGUUGCUACUUCCAUUUGUCUUAAUCAUAGAAGAUUGAUGAAAUA